AUGUGGUAUGUUGUCAAUAAAGCUGUGGAUUCAUUGUUUGGUGUCGAAAACUGUCAAGAAAACCUCAGGUCCGGAAAGUAUGGGAUUGAAGUUGUUAUCAACUACCUGAAGAAUGCUUAUGCUGGUGGGGUGCUCACAAAAGACACUCCUGAAAACCUGACAUCCAAAAUUCGCAACAGCACCCCUGGUCCAGUCAAGAAACCUUUGAAUGCACCUAAAGCAAAUCUUGGUCCAUCAAAAUCAACCCCACAAAUCUUGAAAAAGUCUCCUCAAUCAACAAAACCCGACCCUGGCAUUCACAACACGAAUUCAAAAGGAACCACUGCCGUAUUUAACCAAUCUAGAAUCAAUGAUACCAAAAUCUUGUCAAAGUGUCCAAAUUCAACCAAGACGCAAGUGUGCGACAAAUGUUCGAUCUCAAGACACCACGAUGGCUCCCCCCAGGAUCUUCUCUUCAACUGUCACUGUGGAGCACCACCAAUUUUAUUUUUAAAAGGACAACAUCAAAGUGCUGAAGUUCAUUGGCAAUCAGAUGGCUAA